AGAAAGCUUUAAAGAUAAAAGGAAACGUAAUAUACCAGUAGAGAUGUUGCAGCCUGAUCGAUCGAGAAACACCAUUUUCUUGUUAAAAACCGUUGCAAUCCGACGCCGGGGCAAUUAGAACGAAAACGAAAAGCUUCGAGACCAUUAUAUACAGGAAAAGUGGAGACAAAGAAGGGGAACAGAGAACUCUGCUCCAUUUCUUUCUCCCUCUGCCUUUAUCUGUCUUUCUCUCUCUUAAAGUCUCUCUCCCACCGCGGCACUACCUUUCUCUCGUAUCUCUGUUCUCUCUCUCUCUCUCUCUCUCUCUCUCUCUCCCCCUCUCUCUUCUGUGUGCCCUGCCGCCGAAGAUCAAGGGAAAGAAGAAUGGCUGCUGGGUCAGCUGUUGCUAUGAUUGGAGCAAACUUGAGAUUUGGCAUCGGGGCCCCAUAUAACGUAACCUCAAAUGCCACGAAAGUAUUUCAGUGCCAUCCUGGAGGCAUAGCUGAAGCUACAGUUAUAUUUAGCCUUGGGGCCCUCGGAAUGGGUGCCAAUGUCAUUCUGAUGGCUUUAAUAUUAGCCAAACGUCAUCUCCGAAGAUGGUCCCAAGGGCUACUAUUUCAUCAGGCAAUGGUAGACUGCGCAAGGGCAGCGAUUUUAUUGCCUCUUGGGUUGAGCAUAUUGAAUUGCCAACCCGUUAACAAAUGUUCACUUGUCGAGACCGCAUUUCUAUUACUGGUCACUGUCUCAACGGUGAAUAUGCUUACUACCGUCCUAAACGAUAGUCCCGUAUUUCCAGAAAGUGAGGAAGAAGCUGAUCUGACUGCUCCGCUCCUCAUGGACUCGCCUCAGUGCGUAUUAUUCGGAACGUUCAUGAUAUGGUUUGCCAGCAUAACGAUUAAUCUCGGACCAACGUUUCUCAGCGGAGCCCUAGCCGCGAAUACUGAGACCGGACACAACGCCCCAAGCUGUCCCCUGGUUCACGGCCCAUUCCGUCAUUACAUACUAAACGUUUUAUGGAUCGUGAUAAAUGUUAUCUGCGUGCUGCUCACUCUAUUUCAUUUACGGAAAUUGCACCGAGAUUUGACCAAAGCAAACGUGGAAGCGGUUCGCGUGGCUGGAUUAGUUACAACGUUAGUUAGCGUCACUGGAGGGCACGGUGGAUCGAACGGACCGAUCGAUAGUAAUGCUAGAAGAAACUCACGCAACGGAACAACACCCAAAAGAGGCGGUGCCAUAGAGGAACAUCGCAGAAUGAGAAAUUAUCUACGGAGAAUGGAACGCGAAGGAGUUCAAAGAGUGAAAAUGUUCCUGAUCAUAACGGCGGCGUACGUUAUUUUUUGGGGGCCAUUAUUCUUCGUUACACUCGUGCACCAUCCUGUCAUUGGAAACGCAACGGGAUAUGAGGUGACGCUGCACAUCGCUCACGUUCACGCGUUCGUAAACCCAGCAUUAUUCCUGGCGUUACAUCGAGGUUUACGUCAAGGCAUGUCUGACGUGUGUUGCGGAUGCUGCGAGAGCCUGGCUCGGUGGAUAUUGGGAUCAACGGUAAACAGUCCUGUGCAAUCCGUGCAACCACCCAGCUACGAACCACCCCUACGUCUACCCUCGCCCCCAGAUCCUCCGCUGGCUCUUUCUGCAGCAAACACCUGCGACCUGACAGACGUCGCUCUUUUGAAACCGCCAUUGCCCCCGGUUGCCAAACACUUACUCAUGGAUGACUUAAUCGCAGCACCACCAGAUCCCUGGACUUUACCACCAAGACCUAAGAGCACAACGAGUUUGUACCAAGAAGAGAUAUCUCGAAGGCCUAGUUUACUCUUGCCGCCCCCACCCGAAUUGGGUGAUUUAUCGCCAAUAAGCCCUACGAGUAGCGACCUACCCAGCGAAUAGAUCCUUCACGCAAGUCAUUUCGUGGAUGCACACCACAGAGCAGGGUGAAUCCAUGUGUUCAGGAAACUGAUAUUGCUUUCCAAAAUUGUAUACAGUGGCUUCGUACACCACAAAAGGACUACAGAACACAGAAACUAUCAUGUGAUAAACGAGCGGACGGAUUCACCCUGUGUUAAUUUCCCGGUGGUGAGCAUUCACUAAAAAUCCAAUAAGAGUAAAGUGCAUAUUCCCAAAUGGUAAAUGUUUCUUUAGAUGUUAAUACCUAUUCUAUUUACUGAAAAUUUUCAAUAUUCUCUUUUAAUUAUUUGGAAUGAAACUUACGAAAUGAUAAUUGUACAUUACUCAGACUGUAGGUAGUCCUACUGACCUGCAUGAUGGGAAAUUUGAGGAUUCGAAUUCAUAAUUUAUAUAAUUUUAAAGAGCGAAAAGGUCAUCAAUUAGUUGAUACGGUGUUGGUAGUUGGG